GCCACUGGCCAGUAUAGAUAGAUAUGUACAGAGGGUGAGAACAAGGAUCAUGUGAUAUAUUUUGUUCAUCUAACCUCACAAACUCUACCUGCUCUUUUAUCUUUAAAAAAAAGUCCUUUUUCACCUAUAUUUCACCUAAAGCUAACUACUUUUUUUUUUUGUUUUCAAAGCCUCUUUGAGUUUUCUUGAAAUUCAAAUGGCUUCAAGUGUUUCAAAGUUCAUAAAAUGUGUCACUGUUGGUGAUGGAGCUGUGGGAAAGACUUGUAUGCUCAUUUGUUACACAAGUAACAAAUUCCCCACUGAUUAUAUCCCAACAGUCUUUGAUAACUUCAGUGCAAAUGUGGUAGUUGAAGGCCUAACUGUCAACUUGGGACUGUGGGACACAGCUGGACAAGAAGAUUACAAUAGAUUAAGGCCGUUGAGUUACCGCGGGGCUGAUGUCUUUGUAUUGGCUUUUUCAUUAGUUAGCCGUGCAAGCUAUGAGAACAUACUUAAAAAGUGGAUCCCUGAACUUCAACACUUUGCCCCUGGAGUCCCUGUUGUAUUGGCUGGUACCAAACUGGACCUCCGCGAAGAUAAGCACUAUUUAGCUGAUCAUCCAGGUUUAGUGCCCGUGACCACUGCACAGGGAGAGGAGCUCCGGAAACAGAUUGGUGCUGCAUAUUAUGUUGAAUGCAGCUCAAAAACUCAACAGAACGUAAAAGCAGUUUUCGAUGCUGCUAUCAAAGUGGUGAUCAAGCCACCGCAAAAACAAAAAGAGAAGAAGAAGCCACGCCAAGGAUGUCUAGUAAAUGUCCGCAGGAAGAUCACAUGUCUCAAGUAACUGCUUGGCUAUUGGCUACACAAUUUUCUGUUCCUCCCCCUUUAGCAAUAUAUACUAACAUCUAGCUCGGAUGCUCAUCACCAUUACAUAAUGUCAGAUCUUUGAAGCUCACUUCUGUUAGCUAGACUCGAGGAGAAUAUAGCACAUUUUGGUUCGUCCAAUAGACGCUUACAUUUUCUCCAUAUUUGGCUUGUUUUCUUAAACUCAAUGUAAAUUUUGACAUCGCUUCUGUUUGGCGAGCUGUUUUUUCCGACUUAUGGUUGAAAUUUGUUGUAAGAACUAUGUUUUAGCGACCUGUUCCAACCAGAGUCACAAAAAACACUUAGCCAGACGGAUCUAUAGUCCUUUUGUUGUGCUUUAAUGUAAAGUUUGGGGUGAUACUAGUGUAAAAACUGUAGUUAUGAGCUUGUUUGAUUAAGUUGUUCUGAUAGUAUUGUAUGUAAACGCUUUAGUGAUAAGCUUGUUUUCAUUCAAUAUUAGGCAGGUUUGAUGGCCAAUUUUUAUGCAA